GAUCGUGGGCAGAAUGACUCCUUACGUGUCUGCUCCAGCUAUUGUAAAUAUUUUCUUUUUUACCUUCGCAGCCUGAGAGGGAGCGGUAUAAAGAUGGACGACUUCUUCUCAAGUCUUGACCUGGACGACCCGAUCUUUCCCCUCGAACCUCCGGAUUUGGAAUUCGACUACUUUAACUGCAGUUUUGGUGAGGAGUGGUGGGCGGAGAGCGUGGCCGGGCCGACCACUUUGCCGUCGCCGGCGCCGGCGCUGCCCGCGUGGACGCAGUUCUGCAGCGCCGAGUGCCGCGACUACGCCGACGAGACGAGCGCCCUGCUGCACUUCCCGCCGCUCUCCCUGCCGCUGCCGCUGCCCGAGGAAGCGACGGUGCUGGCGUCGCGGGACCACGACUACAGCCGCAGCAUCGCGGCGUGCAGCUCGCCCCCAGGGCGGGCCUUCCCCUGUCAAUACCCCGGCUGCUGCAAGGCCUACGCCAAGUCGUCACACCUGCGGGCACACAUGCGCAGGCACACAGGUGAGAAGCCAUUUGCAUGCUCAUGGCCGGGUUGUGGGUGGCGCUUCUCACGCUCAGACGAGCUGGCACGCCACCGGCGAUCACAUGCAGGUGUCAAGCCAUACCGUUGCCCUGCCUGUGCAAAGGCAUUUACACGCUCCGACCACUUGGCCAAGCAUCUACGAGUCCACCGCAAGCAACGCGCUGCCAACAAUACCAACACCUGCAGACCAGGACAGCGCCAAACAGUCACUGCUGCUACCACUGGGACCUCCUGGAAUGCUGCUUACUAACUGCAUGGCUGCUGCUUUGCAUUGUCUAUUGCCAUUUAUCCAGUACUAAAUGGCUAUCUUCAGUUGAGUGAUUUAGCAGUGACGUAUUAUUACUCACUGGAGAGAAAAAAGAAUAUUCUUUGAGGAAUUAUUAUUUAUAUCAAUCAUCAGAGUGUCAAUACAUCACAUGUGACUCUUCAACAGAAUGUCUGGAAAUGACACGAGUUAUUUAGAAUAAUGCAUUUUCAAUUAUUGGGUAGUUGCAGUAAGAAACAGUGAUCACAAUCUGCACUUACAAUGUUAAUGUCAAUGAAGGCAACAUAUUUCCACAAUCUCUUGAUAAUUGGUUUCUGAAUACAUUAUGCAUCCUUAA